AUGGCAACGGUUUUUGCAAGAGGAGCACAAACCAUGAACACCGUGGUUUUCAAGCCCAUAGGUCGAAAACAUUUUCAUAAGAACAGCUCUUCAGCCGAUAUGAUUCGUGAGACUAAGAAGUUUGAAGGUGAUGAAGUGAAGCACAAGAACCAUAUGGGAGGAAAUGAUAGCAAUUUAUGGGUCCCCCAUGAGAGGACUGGAAUUUAUUAUCCCAAAGGCCAAGAGAAAGUGAUGGACGAAAUUUCUUCAAGAGCUGUUAAGGACAUGGAUGUCAAUUGGUUUUCAAACAAUGAAAAUUAA